AUGGAGGAUUGCUGCAGAGGCUUUUUGCUCUCCCAUCUCUCCUACCUGCUUCUACUCUUCCAGCUGCCUGCUGGGGGCUCUGCAGAAGAGUUUAUUGUGAUAGGCCCCUCGGAACCCAUUGUGGCAGUGCUGGGUGGGGACAUCACGCUGCCAUGUCGUGUGUCCCCUGUGAUGGAUGUGGAGAAUAUGGAGCUGCGGUGGUUCCGCUCCAAGUUCUCAGAAGCAGUAUUCAUCUAUCAAAACCAGCGGGAGCAGAGAGAAGAGCAGUUGGCUCAGUACAGAGGGCGAACCUCACUGGUGAAGGAUUUCCUCACCCAGGGGGAGGCUGCAGUGCGCAUCCACAAUGUCCAGGCUUUCGACAACGGGCUGUAUACCUGCUUCUUCAGAAAGGGAAUCUUCUAUGAAGAGGCCGGUUUGGAACUGAAGGUGGCAGGUGGGUUGCUGAUGUAUAUUUAG